AUGACAUCGUACGCAGCAAAGUUAGUGGCCAAGAGGCUGUUCAAGGAGAAUUCGUCCAAUAAAGACGGUCGUGAGGAUCCCUACUUUGAGACGAUACCCGCGACCAGGCUAGGAGGACUGUACAAAACCACAAAGAAGCGACGAAGGGCCCUCCCGCCAGGGUUGACCGCAGAAGAGGAGAAAAUCCUGACUAAAGCAAAAAGAAGAGCCUACCGCGUCGACCUUUGUCUGGGAAGCUUCUUGGGCACAAGAAUCGGCUGGGGAGCGGUCAUUGGCUUAAUCCCAGGCAUUGGCGAUUGCCUCGACCUCUUCCUCGCCCUGUUGGUCUACCGCACCUGCUGCUCUGUCGAACCCGAACUACCCUCGUCCGUCAAAAUGCGAAUGCAAAUGAAUGUCCUCAUUGACUUUGCGAUCGGGCUGGUUCCUUUCAUCGGUGACAUUGCGGAUGCGGCAUACAAGUGCAACACCCGAAACGUGGUAUUGCUGGAGAAGGAGUUGCGUUCGCGUGGCCAGAAGAGAAUUAAGGGUACUCCGCAGGCCAACGUUGCAGACCCCAGUCUUCCAGACGAGUUCGACUACCAGAAUGACGAGGGCAUAUUGAACGCCCAGAACGGUCCUCCCCCCAGAUACACCUCGCGACGAGAAUCUAGAAGAUCCCAUCGAGAGAGGCAACGAGACAUCGAAGCAGCGGAAGGCAUACCUCCUCCGAUGCCUGCUCGUACCCGUUGA